AUGAUCGGAUGCAAUGCUGUUUCGAAUCCAACCACUACCAAAUUUCCUACAGAAUUUUCGCAUGACCCCAUCCUUUCCGAUCCAACAAACUACAGAAGAAUAACUGGAUCUUUGCAAUAUCUGACACUAACCAGACCCGACAUUGCCUUCAGCAUUAAUCAACUUUCACAACAUAUGCACAACCUGUUACCUCAACACGUCUACCUCUUAAAACGACUACUCCGCUACAUUAAAGGUACCAUAGACUAUGACAUUCCUAUAAACAAAUCUGAUCUUGCUCUCAAUUCUUUUUCAGACGCCAAUUGGGCCGGUGAUCCGAACUCAAGAAAAUCCACCUUAGGAUACUGCUCGUUCCUCGGAAGCACGCUUAUUUCAUGGACCAUUAAAAAGCAACACACAUUUGCCAGAUCAUCCACUAAAUCUUAG